AUGAAUAAUGCUUUGCUAAUAAUCCCAUUUUUUGUUAUUCGGCCAGGAAACUGGGACUUAGACAGAUUGUCUCGUCAGGAUUUCUUCAGCUUGGCUUACAUGACUGCUGACCGCUACAUGUUCGAUCCGACCAAACAUAUUGGUGGAUUCGGCAUGGUGAUCGACAUGGGCGGUAUGACUUCAAAGCAGAUGACCUCACUUAGCGACAGAAAGCACAACAAAUUCUCAACCAAAAUAUGGCAAGUGAGUUGCAGCUAA